CACUGGAAUCUGAUGUGAAUAAAGCGAUAUGGAGUUUAUGCAGUCUCCUUAAAACAAAAUGGCUUAUUCUUGAAGGAAAUAUUGUCGGAAUGUCUGCUAAGGCAACGAUGAAGAAAUUUGCAAGCAUAGGACGUGUGUUGGAUGGGUUGCGGUCGGGCUCGACCCCAACACCGAAGGCGGAGAACGAAAUCGUCGAAACCCUGAGUUCGGAAGAUUUCACCAUCAACAAGGUCGUACGACAUGGAUUUCCAUACAAGCCGUCUGCAAUGGCUUACGACCCAGUGCAACACAUUUUGGUGAUCGGAUCCGAGAAUGGUUCGCUCAGAAUAUUUGGACAGCCCGGUGUUGAUUGUCAUGUACGCCAUGAUGAAGAUGUAGCGGUCUUGCAACUGAUUUUCCUUGUCAAUGAGGGUGCUUUAGUCAGUGUAUGUGCAGACGAUAGCCUGCAUUUAUGGAAUUUAAGGCAGAAGAAGCCAGCAAUAUUGCAUUCACUUAAGUUUAAUAGAGAAAGAAUAACCUACACUCAUCUGCCAUUUCAAAGCAAAUGGUUGUACAUAGGAACAGAGAGAGGCAAUAUUCAUAUUGUGAAUAUAGAAUCAUUUAUUUUAUCAGGUUAUGUUAUCAACUGGAAUAAAGCUAUAGAAUUAUCUAGGAAGACGCAUCCUGGACCAGUAGUGCAUCUUAGUGACAAUCCAAUUGAUUCUAAUAAGUUAUUAAUUGGUUUUGAAUCAGGUGCAUUAGUAUUAUGGGACUUGCGAAAUAAGCAAGCUGAAUACAGAUACAGUUGUUCUGCACCUCUUCGAUCGGUGUCUUGGAAUCAUGAAGGAAAACAAUUCAUGUGUAGUCAUACAGAUGGCAGUCUUUCACUGUGGCAUGUUAGAACAACGACUAAACCGCAUAAUAUUAUGUACCCACAUGGUAAGCCGCCACUUGUUAAAGGAGCUCGACCAGAUCCUUGUACACCUAUCAACAAAGUAGAAUGGAGGACGUGUAAAGGACAGGAUCCAUAUAUUAUAUUUUCUGGUGGACUGUCAUAUGAGAAAGCAGCAAAACAACCUAGUUUAACAAUUAUGCAGGGUAAAAAUACAACAGUGCUUGAAAUGGAACAUCCUAUUAUGGAUUUUAUGUCUCUGUGUGAAACACCAUGGCCAAGUGACAUUCAUGAGCCGUAUGCUAUUGUCGUAUUGUUAGAAAAUGAUAUGGUUGUGGUUGAUUUGAAUUCACCUGGCUACCCAUGUUUUGAAAAUCCUUAUCCAAUGGACCUUCAUGAAUCUCCAGUUACUUGUGUGCAAUAUUAUGCUGAUUGUCCGCCAGAUAUCAUACCUGCUCUUUAUUCGGUGGGGUCAAGUAGCCAACAAAAGAAGAGAAUGGGCUAUAGUAAAAAGGAAUGGCCAGUGAAAGGAGGAGAAUGGGGAACGGGAGGUAAUAGCUAUCCUGAAAUUAUUAUAACCGGACAUGCUGAUGGUUCUUUGAAAUUCUGGGAUGCAUCUGCAGUGACGCUACAAGUCUUGUACAAACUGAAGACUGCCAAAGUUUUUGAGAAGAAGGGGAAGAGUGUAGAUGGGGAAGAAGACCCAUAUGCAAUUCAAAUAAUAAAUAUGUGUUUAGAUAGUAGACUAUUUUGUGUUGCUGGUGCUAGUGGACAUGUAAUUUUAUUCAGAUAUAGUAAACAAGAAGCACAACUUGAACAACUAACUUCCAUUGAGAUUUCUAUUGUGUACGAAGCAGAAGAACUGGAAUCUCCCGACUGUGAAUUGCCACCUACUCCAAUUGGACGGAAUGCUAGUACUAGUAGCUCCAGUACUGCUCCACAUAUGAGCAGUAGCUCUGGAGAAGGAGUCAAAGAUAAUGUUACAAAUAUUAAAGUGAGAUCAGGGGGAGUUAAGUUUCCUCCCGGCUACCAACCUGAUGUCAUCUGUCAGUUUGUAUGGAUGGAUGGGGAGCCGCCGCCGACUGUCACCUCACUUGAGUGCAAUUCAGCGUAUGGUCUCAUGGCAAUUGGUACAGCUAAUGGUAUAGCAAUAGUGGAUUUUAUACAAAAAACAUGUCUACUCAAUAUGGGGACACCCGAUCUGUAUGGAUCGGCUGAUCCCUACCAGAGAACACCACGCUCGCCAAAGCGAAAUAAACCACAGGGCUUAGGAGAUAUAGUUGAGCAAGGAAUGACAGAACCUGAGAGGUGUCGGUCACCACUUUCGUAUAAAUUCUCUGCGUACUUGAAAAUGCCAGUCAGCAGAUUUGUUUGACGUUUGUUUCCAUCCUUAGACCGAGGAGAAGGAUCAUUUACCAGGUCGCGGAGUUCAAGUAUGUCUAGUCUUGAGAGGGAAAGCAAGGAAGCUAUUAAUUGCUUGGCAUUUGCUGAGUCAUACACAACCAAAACAGAUCUGAUAACAGUACCUUGCCUAUGGGUAGGUACCAGCCUUGGUUCUGUGCUUGUUAUUGUAAUUACAUUGCCAUCAUCUUGUGAACAAAGGCCAAGCGAACCAGUUAUUGUCUCGCCCAGUGGUACUGUACUUCGAUUGAAGGGUGCUAUAUUAUGUAUGUCUUUCUUGGAUUUUACUGGUAAUGUGUUACCGCUUCAGAGUGAACCUUGGAGGGAAAUGAACCCCAAAGAAACUCCCAAGGAAAAAACAAAACGUGACAUACCAGCGAGACCUAAGAUGUCACCAUCCUCAUCUACAGAAAUUGUAGACAGGCAAUUUGUGGUGAUAUGCUCAGAAAAACAAGCUAAGGUGAUCUCAUUGCCAUCUCAGACAUGUGCCUACAGAGUUAAAGUUACGGAAACUUCAUAUGCGCUUAAAUCUGACGUUAUCACUUUUUCUAGCUCUUGUUGUCUGGCAUGUUAUAUAGCCAAUGGUCAUAUAAUGGCAUUUGCUGUACCCAGUCUAAGACCCAUGUUAGACUCAGAAUACUUACCUUUAACUGAUUAUAGAAUUGCAAGGACAUUUUGUUUCACAAAUCAUGGACAGGCAUUGUAUUUAUGUAGUCCUACUGAGAUGCAAAGGGUCACUCUUUGUACAGAGACCAGUGAGAAUUUACAGGAGAUGUUAGGAGACUUAUUCUUGCCAGUUGACACACCAGAAGCACCCAGUAAAGGUUUCUUCAAAGGUCUUUUUGGUGGUGGCGGUGGAGCGUUAGACAGAGAAGAAUUGUUUGGUGAAUCAAGCGGUAAAGCUUCUAAAAGUGUUGCAAAACAUAUACCAGGAACUGGUGGCAUGGAAGGUGUGAAAGCAGCUAGUGGCGGUGUUGCUGCUGAACUUCAAAAAGCCAGACUGGCAUUAAAUGAAAGAGGUGAAAAAUUAGGAGAACUUGAAGACAGAACAGCUCAAAUGAUGGCUAAUGCCGAUAACUUUUCACAAGCAGCUCAUCAGAUAAUGCAGAAAUAUAAAGAUAAAAAGUGGUACCAGUUUUGAGAAUAUUUUCUUACUGAUCAAGCUGCUUGAGUUUGAACUGGAAAUCCGGAGCAUGGAACCCUGACUUUGGGGGAAACAAUCAUUUGAUAAUACAAUGCCAUGUACUGGAUGUCAUCAUGGAAACCAUGGCAACUGAUGCUGCUCAGGCUCUGUGAUAUAUAUUUCCACACAGUUGAUAUUGAUUCUCUUAAAAGUAGUGAAGAUUCAACACCAGCUCAGAAAUCUGCAUUUGAAAUAGUCCACUUGAGAGGAUUAUAGCAGAAUAUGUGCAACAAGAUAUCCUAAUUUUUUUUUUUUUGCAAAUAUUUGUAUAAAUUCAGCAAUUGGGAGCCAAGGUUAC